AGAGGGCAUUCAAGUCUACGUGGUCAGAACCUACAUAGGCUACAAAACACGUUUGCCGUGACCCUUUCCCUACCGCUUUUCCCUACCCUGAAGCACCCUCUACUCCCCUGUCUUGUCUUCGCCUGCCUUUGCGGUUUGACCAAGCGCGUGUUUGUCAGCAUGUCGCAGCCUCUCCCUAGUAGCCUUGUUAUCAGCGAGUGGGAACUUGUCGGAGGCACAUAAAAAUAUUGAGCUUACUCGGUGUUUGAGGAGACACUGAUGAAAAUUUAAGUUUAAGGUAGCUAAAUGAGGGAACAGAUGUUAAGUUAGUUUGAGAGUUAUGGAAGUUAUUGAAAGAUGCUACUUCAUUAAAAAAAAAAUAUGAGUAGAUGUUUACCCUGAAUACCAUCCAUGUUUGAUGUUAUUAUGGUCAAACAAAAGAUACAACAAAAAAGUUAAUCAUACAAAAGUCAUUUUCUGGAAUGACUUUUCAACCUGUUAAAUGAGGGUCACAAUAUUUUGCAGUCGCAUGCCAUCUAGCGGUCAUGAAAAGACACCCUCAACAUCAAUUUGGUCGUGCAUUUUGCAAGCAAUUUGUCCUCCUCGGGUUACCGUAAUGGCAAAUUAACAAAAUGGCAGCGCCCUGGAGGAGUUUGUGUAUUACAGCCCUAAAGCAUCAAUGUCGUUCAUUUUCCUCCACGAACGGGGCUCAAGCUGGUCAGAUAUGGCGGCUGAGUCAUGGAUUACCAACACACGGAUCAGAGUAUGGCCCGUUAACUGACUUGCCAGAUUGGUCAUAUGUUGAUGGCAGACCCAGGCCACCAAUGAAAGGGCAAGCACGUAGGCAAAAAGAGAGAGAAGAGUUUGCGAGACGAGUAGUGUCUUUGAGCUCGGAGGUUGACAUGGGAAUGAAGCAAUGGGAACAGAAAAAUGAAGCCGAGAAACGAACAGAAGAACAUAGAAAAUCUCUCUUGCUCAAGGCGAAAGGAAAUCAUAAAUUAAAGACAAAAUAAAUGAGUUAUUGCA